AUGGAGGCCGGCAAUGCGUUAUCUCGCGUUUUAAAAUGGCGUCGUCUGUUUCAAACCACUAAAUGGCCACAACUUGGUAACGAGGUAGCUGAAGGUCCGGGUAGCAAGUAUACCAACUUCUCGCUUCAACACAUUAUGGAUAAGUACAACUUUCUGCCUACUUUAUUUACUCAACGUGAAUUUUUACUUUAUCUCGGUUACAAGAACCCCGAAAUAGUCGAGGAUGCGUGCCUGAAGAACGACGCUUUCAACUACUACCUCAGGACUGACAUGGCCGAACCGCAAGGUGAGCUCCCAGAGGCGCUGCGCGCUUUUGACGAAACCAAGCAUGGUUCUAGCCAUCAUUAA